AGACAUCCUGUAGAUAGACUUAACCAAUAAAGCACAGUGCAUCACAUUUUGGGAAAGGAGCAUUAUGGAUAUUUUCCUCGCAUUCUUCAUCAGUGCUGUUGUUUUGAUAUUGGAACAACAAGCCCACACAGCUUCUGUCUUAAUCGGACCGUCCCAUGCAAACAGAAGUCCACCUGUGAACUCAUCUCUUCAAAUGCACCGCCGUGUGAAACGCUGUUCCUGUGAAAACCUUAAGGACAAGGAAUGUGUUUACUUUUGCCACAUAGGAAUUGUUUGGGUUGAUACGCCCAGUCAGGUCGUUCCCUACGGUGUCGGCUCGCUUCAGGUGCGUCUAAGGCGAGAUGUGAAGAGAUGCUUUUGCAGAGACAAGAGAGAUUCAAAGUGCCUACAGUUUUGCUCUCGCGUCGAGUAA